AUCGCGCCGCGACUCCCUCGCGACGAGCGUUCGCCUCGGAGUCUCUCUCGACCUCAGCUUCACCAGUUCGUUCUCUCCGCUUUUCCUCCCUCUUUCACCCUUCUUCCUGUGCGUCCGAGCGACACGCGGACGAGACCGCGCGGCGUCCGCGCGCGUUGCGACCCCGCUUCCUUCCGCUUUGUUUGGUCCGCUCUGUUUCCGGAGCCGGUCGCGUGUGUGCUACGAUUUCCGGGGUUUCCGGCAGAUCUGCUGACGAACGAGAGGAUCCAGGAUAUCGACACGUCAGCGAUCGUGGGACCGGGAUGUUCGCAGGAUUCUGUAGCGCUAGAGCUGUGGCCAACGAUCUACCAAACAUGCUACGCUUCGCGGCUCUUCUUCUGUGUAUCGCUGCUAUUUACACGCCCGGCCACUGCGAGAGAGGAGUUUCGCGAGAUGUCGAGCACGCGAGACUGCCAGAGUUCCUCACGGAAUUGGACCUGUCGAGUCUCGAGGCAUCCGAGGAAGACGUCGAAGCACUGAAGAAAAUCGUGAAAAGGCUGGCGCCCGAGAAGAACGGCGAGUACCAAGUUUACCAAGUGUUCUUCGGUAACGAGGACCUUCUCAAGGAAUGGCUCAAAGGAGCGGGCGUGACGGGACAGCCCGGGGUGGAUUACCCAGCCCUCACGUCGAUUCCAGCCACUUCGUUCAGCUGCCGCGGUCUGAGAGGGGGAUAUUAUGCGGAUUUAGAGACAAAUUGCCAAGUAUUUCAUAUAUGCGACAAUGGACGCAAAAUCUCGUUCCUCUGUCCCAACGGUACCAUAUUCCAGCAGUCACAGCUCAUAUGCGACUGGUGGUUCAAAGUGGAUUGCAGCAAGUCCACGGAGCUGUAUGAACAGAGCGCCGAGCAAUUAGCUGAAGAGGAAAAGAAGCGUGCGGAUGCAAGGAAGAUGAAGUCCGAGUUCCAUCGCACGGUGGAGCAGCAGGGUGAUGUAAAUUAUUACGACAACCAGAAUGUCGACUACGACGGUAGGCAAAAUGGCAGGACAAACCCGUACGGUCAGAUCGGCGCUAAGCAGAAUCAACUUCCGCAGAGGCAGGAAGAACCCAAAUCCGCUCAGAAUUUCGGACCGAACAACGUUUUCGACAAUGCACGCGACCGUUAUUUCCAGGGGAACAACGCGAACACGCUGCGUGCGAACGAGAAAACGAAUCAGUCGCCCGAGAAUUUUAACCAACGGACGAAACAACGACCGUAUCACGACGGCGGCUCGAAUUAUCAAGCGAACAACAGGCAGAGGAAUCAGCUGGUAGACACGCAGAGCUCUAAAUUCAACUACGAGCACGGCAACAAGUUCCAAGAUACUCGACAGAAUUACCAGACCACCUUAAGCAGCGCGCAAUCGGAUCGCUAUCGAUCGAACCAGAAUGCAGCACGCGACAAUGAGAAACCGGGACUCAGGGGUCCGAAGUCGCGGACAUCGACGCGAAACAAUCUGUUCGGCUCGAGUCAGUCGCAGAAGGCCACACCGACUUACAUGGAGACGACCACCUUCAGAACGACAACCGCGACGCCGCCAAGGGAAUACCAGCAAUUUGCAGAGAGUGCCGCUUUCGUAUCCAACCGAGGAAAUCGCUUCAACUCGGGCAAGUACGAGAGCAAUCGGCAAUUCUAUUAUCAAUCGUACAACGAGCAACGAGAUCACUCCGGAUUUGAUGGUCGUGAGACGACGACGUUGACGCCGGACGAGGAAGGCGGUAGAGUGUCCUUCGCACCGAAAACAGGCGUCCCCCCGUUCCCCGGUCCCACGUAUGCACCCAUCUAUAAACCCAGGACAACGACGUUACCGCCUUACGAAACGACGUUGCAGUACACGCCAACCACCGAGACGAACUUCUACAGCACCCCCUUCUACAAGCAAGGCGACGUCCCGGAGACCACGUACUUCAAUUACGGUACUGCGACCGUGACGCCGUCCACCGUGGAGGAGUACUCGACUACGGAAUCCUUUGCUGCGUACAACGAUCAGCGAACUCCGCCCGCCAUAGGAAGAGUACCGCCAGCGGCCGGAAAUUAUCAGAACCAAUACACGGUUGACAGCAGAGUGACUGAGCAGCGAGACACCAGUCGAGACGUCGGCUCCUUCGCUACUACGCGUCCAUAUGUGAAUACCGAGAGCUACCGACACAAUACCGCAGCUAAUUUUACGUCGGAUGUCAGUCAGGAUGCAUAUCCUUCUUCGACGCCUUUCUUCGACAACUCUCCGCGCGAUCAGACCGGUCGAGAUGCCACAACUCACGCCAAUUAUCCAAAUAGUGCCGCUGAUAUCGAUGUCAAGGGGACAACGAAGGAUCCUUGGCAUACCUCCUCGCAGAACUUCCGACAGAAUUCGAUCGGUUCAACCGAGAGACCAUGGAAGAGCACGAACGUCUAUCAACAGAGCGGCUCCACCAGCAAGACGUUGAGUCCGUAUGAUACCAGUUUUACGUACAAACAGGGGAAAGUGUUGUCCACCUUGGGCCCGUACGUGCCUUUCACGAAGAACUACGUUUACUCGACGAUGACCAGUACAACGCCGAAGCCAUUGGCCACGGUGCCAACUUACAGCCCCACCCUGGCGAAUUAUCGCAUGACGACGAGCAAUUUGGUACCCAAAGUGAAAUCGUCGACUCCGGUAACAAGCAGGCCCAAGGAUCGAGCGACCUAUCUACCCGAAGUGAGCACCAAGCGACCUACGACUUUGGAGGACCGACCGUAUGCUGAACGGGAACACGCGCUUAGCAUGCUGAACUCUCUUCGGGGUCUGGAGAACAACGUGAACAGCUUGAGCGAGACUGACAAAAAGGAGAUUGCAUCUAGUCGGAACUUGCCCGCCGCGCCUGGUCCGUCCACCUUGCAUUCGUUAGCCCUGUACUUCGCUACGGCUGACAGCUUCGAUUCUAACGAGACCACCGGGCCGACCACCAGUCAAGAAGCGAAAGACGAAGAAGAGAGUCAUUCGAGCAACGCAUCCGUCGAAUUGCCGACCAGCAUCCUCACGCAGCACACUAUCGCCUCAUACGCCGAGCUGUUCAAUCUGAACAAUGCGCUUGAGGGAAACGUUACCAUGACUGAGCUGGCGGCGGAAAUAGACGAUAUCGCGAGUGAGAUCGACAGCGACGACCUCGAGAUCGAGGAAAGCGAAGGCCCGCUAAACGGUGCAAAGAGAUCGAACGGCACGAAGCUGCGCGAAUUGGCUCAGGUGUUCACCCACGCGCUGUCGGCGUAUCUGCAGGAUCCGGACACGUUCAAGAAGGUGCUCACAGAGAUCAGACCCACGGAACCAUCGGCGACAGCGACCGAUGGCAGUCAGUACGAGACGACGACGUUCUAUCCCACCACCGUGGAGGAAUAUGCAUCGGUCACCAAAGAGAAGGACGAGGUCCUGGACUUCUCGGACGACACCGACCCCGCUAGGAGACGCAAACCGUCCACCGUGUUCUCCGCUACUUUACAGCCACCCGUCACCUCCGAUGGCUCAUACUCGACGUCAUACGAUGGAUACUACUCGACUAACCAGUACCCUACGCAAAGACCGGUUUACUACCCGAGCACGACGCUGUUACCACCCGGCUCGGAUAAUUCGAGGGAGUACGUCGAGUCUUCAACGCAGGGCGGCAACACAUUUGCCUUCGAGGUGAAUCGCGCUUUCACCACCACUACGAAUAGCGCUAUUCGCGGUUACGACGGCGACACGAGAGAUUCGACCGAUCUGUCGCCAGUCUAUGAUAAUUAUUUCCCGUUGGAGGAUGAAAGCGGAAAUCAAAACAGGGUUGGUGGUUUCCAUAAGAAUACGUCAAGUACCUUCCAGCCAUACGGCAAGAACGUUAAGCCACUCGAUGCUACGCCCAUAAAUAACUACGUGGGAUCAUCGACACCGGCAUCUUUUCAGAAUUAUGAAAGCACUACCUCGUCUAACUGGGGCAGAGGUUCCGCCGGGGAAAGACCGGCCCAAAAUCUGACACCGCCAUAUUAUCAACGUUUCGGUAAUGUAAAGAGUUUCGAGGUUUCCAACAGCAUCGUGCCAACUCAGAUACGCUCCACGACGCCAUUACCAAGCAGCAAAUCUGCCUACCAGACGGCCAGCAGCACCGUUCAACCCUUCAGGAUACGUUAUUACGAACCGACUACAACAACGGCGACACCUGAGCAUCGAAAGGCCAGUCCCGAAUCUCUCGUCACAGCUCGCAGUUCGUACGCGAAAUUUAGGAAUAACUACAAUCGCAUAGAAGGCACUCGCAGGCCCGCUGACAACGUAGCGACAACAGUAGCAACGACUCGAGACACUGUUGGAACGUUGGACCCUGUCUCCGCGACGUACAGCGAUACCGAUGUCACUCCAUACACCAUGACCAUCACUCGCGCAACCUCCAGCAAGUCAGUCAACGCAUCAUCCACUGCUGGCCAGUACAACUCGCUGAACAACGACCACUGGACCUCCUCGCCCAUGGUGACUCAGCUCUGGGAGACGACGGUGUUCGUGGAUCCGCGGCACAUCAAUCGUGGUCUGGAAUCGAGCGAUGAAACCGCCCGACCGAGUGCCACAACGAACAACGUUGUCGGUGACGAAUUCGUGGCACCUACCGUAGCCGCGACCACCGUAAGAUCGCCGACGUUCUCCAACGAGGUUCCCGAGGAGACGCGCACCACCACCAACACACCGAGUCCCUGGCAAUGGGCGUCGAACGGCAAUGACUCGCCCGUUGCGUUCACCCUGCUGCCGACCACCUUUACUGCGGAGAAUACAGCAACGCCGACUCCGAUCAUCACGACGCGAUCAAGCAUAACGACCACGAUUACGUCCUCGGUCACGUCGACCAAUUCCAUUCCUCACGACAGUUUAGCGUCCACUUUACUGCCAUUCGCGGUGACCGCUGGCAACGCGCUGAACGCCACCGAGAACGAGGUGAUCAAGGCGCAAGAGAUGUUUGGCAAGCUGAAUGAGACAAGCUCCGAGACGCUGAUGCGGGUAAUGCAACAGGCCGACAGCAAUGAAAUGGUGAGACAACUGGUGCUACUGUUGAUCAACCACUGCAACGGGCCUAGAACCAAGACGGCGGAGCAAGAGAAGGAGCAACUGUUGGACGCUCUCUUGAGAAUGCCCGUUAACGAAUUCAGCUCCGAAGAAUCGCGGGAGAUUGUUGCCGGUAUCAGCAGACUGAAUCUUUCUGAUGUCAACACACGACCGGCUGCUUUGUUGAAUUUCACGGUAAAGGCUCCUCGAGCGUCCUCCGUGAGACCCACGUCUGAACCAUCCAUCACCACGUUUCGCAGUAGAACAGGACGGAGAUUCCGGACGACUACCGAGAGCACCAGCAGCUUCGCAAGAAGAUCCGACGAACCCGUUUCGGAUGCGAAUAACUCGUUGUCGGAGGACGAAACCACCGCGUCCGACAAUAGAGCUCUUGAGCUCCUCAGGUCGCUCUACACGAUAGCUGCUAAGUGGGGCUGAGUAGCCGUAUAAUCGACGACCGAUCGGAACUACGCGCGCGUCGGAAAACUCGCGAGAUGAAGAUCUCGCUGGAGUUAGAAGACGUCCAUCUAUCCGCCGGAAUAGAGAUCGUUGCUGUCACCCGUUCGUCAUUAUCGCGCCGCUUCGCCCUGUCAAGCUCGUGGGUUCGAGAACACGAACCCGAAAAUCGGUCAAUCGGUUUUGAUCUCGGCCCAUCAAUUGUUACGUCAAAAGUGAUCUGCGAUUUCUUAAAAGGUACACGAUAUCGUAUUUCCCUUAGCGGAUGUCGUUAUUGUUCAAGGAUUGGCUGCGAUUGGUAUCAUUGAUUUAGAUCCUCUUGAGAAAUUCGUGUUACGCUUGAUCGCUAUAUCGUUGCGCUUGUACGUAAUAUAUAAUACCCAGAAUCUUAAAUCAGGCUUGAGUUGAGGGUUCGGCAUCUCUGGCCUUGGUUCGAUAAUAUGUCACUGCGAUACACUGAAGUUCGAUUUAACUUGGGGCCGAGAUUGACACCUACGCUCGCGGAUAUUAAGUGGGUCGUACAAGCCGACCGGUUCCUGUAUGUAAUCCGAACUGGCUGCUUGGUAUCCGCGUUCGAGCGUAACUCGCGUCGGUUAAUAUGCGGAGUCCCGAUCGAUCAUCGAUCGAUAAAAUCGCGGUGUAAUAAUUAGCCGACUGUAAUCCGACGUUUAAGAUUAUGUAUCGCUCGCCGUCCUCUUUGUUAAGAAUAAAACACCGAUCGCCCCGGAACUGUUACUUGGCAAAUGUUAUUUGCGAAAAAUGCCUGCCAUACUUUGUCCUUCCUAUUCAGUAAAUUUGCGCCGUACGAAUAUUCAAUUUAACAACAUUUUCCUCUCAUCAUAAAGUAAUUUUAAAUAUUGUACACGAGCUACUUUAACAUGUCUGAUUUAUUUUUAACGCAAUGGUGCUACCAGGCUUCUCUUAACUUCUCUGUUACUUAAGUUCUCCAUUGGCUCAAUUAUAGCUGUAUCACACAAUUAUCGAAGUGUUUCGAUAUCCAUAUGCGUAGAAAAAUCGAUUUUAUUAAAAGAUAAUUCGAAUGGAAUGCGAUUCCCCGAAUUAGAUCUACACGAUAUAGGGUUGUUUCUCUCAGAAAAGAGAUCAACUUGAAUCGCUGAUGUAGAAGAGUAUCAAAGAGAUAUGUACAUUCGUCGUCGGGUUCGUCACGUCCAAAACGCGAUUAUGCAGUGAUUGUUCUGCAUGCCAACGUGAACGGGGAGGCUCACUUUUUAUGUCUCGUUCACGUCUACCGUACGUAACGGUACCGCCUGAUGCAUCCUCCAUUUGCGAUUCCCGUCUUUGUUGAAUUGCGCGUGAGAUUGACGUGAAGUGUGAUGGCACGUGGUGAAUUGCACCGUACGGUUUAUGGUUGCCCGUACUAGCCCAGACUCUACGUGACACAAUUUCACCCUCUCUUCACGCGCGCGCAGUUCCUCAAUGAGGUCACUUCUCGGAGUCCUCUUACGAAAACCAUGUUAAUUACCAAGUGGCAUUAAUUCCUGCCAGCGGCGCUGAAUUGAUAUAUUCACGAGUUGCGUACGAGCCUCCGUCAAUCGAAAACUGCCGUCGAAUCGCUGUACGUUCAGUAUUACGAAAAGACUCCCGCGAGAAGAGGUCCGCCCAGCUCUCCUUCCCGGGUGGAAUCCAUAAAAUUAUUUAUUCGCCUUCGCAUAUUGCGACUCCUACUACCUACCGGCUAACAAUAAGCUACACUUGUAUCCUGGAAUUACGGUGUUGGUAAUGUUCUCUUUCGUUUGGGCAGUUCGAGGCCAGCGAUGCGCUACCGUUGCGAUCCCGAAACGUCCAAACGGGGUAUCUAGGUCACUAUUUAAGUACGCGGCUUUAGCGUGUAGUUGUAUCUCGACUUUAUGUAAUAUACCUUUGUACAGUAUGUGAAUAUAAAUAUAUACAGGGUUUUGUUUACCCGUGUUUUACCUGUAAAA